AUGGCGGCGCCCAGCGGGCUGUGUCCCUGCCUGCUCCCGCUGCUGCUGCUGGCGGUGCCGCUGGGAGCGGCGGCCACCCCCGGCACCCCCGGCUGCGGCUGCAGCGCCAGCCGGGCCGCCGGCGACGGGCGGGAGGCGGCGGCGCGGCGCUACUCGGCGGCGGCGGGCAGCGGGCGGAGCGCCGGGCGCGGGCCGAUGGUGCUGAUCCCAGGAGGGGUGUUCACCAUGGGCACCCAGGAGCCCGAGAUCCAGCAGGAUGGAGAGGGGCCAGCCCGCAGAGUGCACCUGAGCAGCUUCCACAUGGACCAGUACGAGGUCAGCAACCAGGACUUCCAGAGCUUUGUCAAUGCCACGGGCUACGUCACUGAGGCAGAGAAGUUUGGUGACUCUUUUGUGUUUGAGGGGAUGCUGAGUGAAGCAGUGAAGGCUGACAUCCACCAAGCAGUGGCAGCUGCUCCCUGGUGGUUGCCUGUGAAAGGAGCCAGCUGGAGGCACCCUGAGGGCCCCGGCUCCAGCAUCUCCAGCAGAAUGGACCAUCCAGUCCUUCAUGUUUCCUGGAAUGAUGCCAUGGCCUUCUGCACGUGGGCAGGGAAGAGGUUGCCCACGGAGGCUGAGUGGGAGUACAGCUGCCGAGGGGGGCUGGAGAACAGGCUUUUCCCAUGGGGAAACAAAUUGCAGCCCAAAGGGCAACACUAUGCCAAUAUCUGGCAGGGAGAAUUCCCCACCAACAACACAGCAGAGGAUGGGUACAAGGGGACUGCACCUGUCUCUGCCUUUCCCCCCAAUGCUUACGGCCUCUACAACAUGGUGGGGAAUGCCUGGGAGUGGACGUCGGACUGGUGGGCUGUGCACCACUCCCCCCUGGAGCUUCACAACCCUAAAGGGCCGUCCUCGGGCACGGACAGAGUGAAGAAGGGUGGAUCCUACAUGUGCCAUAAGUCCUACUGCUACAGGUACCGCUGUGCAGCUCGGAGCCAGAACACCCCCGACAGCUCCGCGUCCAACCUGGGCUUCCGCUGCGCCGCCGACAGCGCCCCGGGGCCCCGCUGACCACACUGCCCACACUGCCAGGGCCUUCCUCGGGCACAGGAGGGCUGCAUCCCACCCCAGGGAGAACAGACACCAGCAGUGGCCCUUGCUGGUGACACACAGUGGAAAAAUCUUGCUUCAAGUUGCUGCUGAGGGAAGAAAAACCAGCGUGACUCAACAGCGCUUUUGGAGAGCCUUUGUGUUCACGAGCAAUCUGGCCUGGAUUUAAAGCCUGACCAGGGUGUUUUGGAUUCAACUGGAACAAAACUGAGCAGAAACAUGCCAAUCAUGUUUUCAAAGAUUACUUAAUCCCAGAAUUAGGCUGGGAAAAAACCUCCAGAGUUACUGAGCUUAACCCUUAACUGAUCACUACCUUGUGAAUUACAACUCCUCUUUAGACAAGAUCUUUAUUAAUUACUUUUAUUUAUGUAGAGCUUCUACAUUCAAAUGCAAUAAUCAAAGACUUUAUAAGACAGCUUUAAAAGAAAUUCUAGGCAGUUAGGAAAUUCUAGGCUGCUUUGAGAGACAAUGGAGUCAGGAAUGAGGGCUGGGAGAUAGCAGCUCUCCCCACAGGCAGCUUGCCUUUUGUUACAUUCCACUUGCAGUGAAAAUCAUGUCCAGAAAUGGGCUUCUCCUGGGCAGAUAUUUGCUGCUCUUUGGGAAGUGCCUUCAGCAGCUGAGGGUGAUAAUCCUCAGGGUGAUGAUGAUUAGAAAUCUUGUACAUAUUUUAAUAAAAUAUCAAGCAUUUGUUUAUGCAAAAUACUUUUAUUGAUGGAAAAACAGAAUUUCCUUUGAAUUUCUUGGAUGCAGUGUAGGCUUAUUGUAGGGACUUGGAAAAUACAAUACUGGCCUCAUAAGAAACUGAAGCUAAUGAAUGAUUCCACUUGAGUAAAAGUCAUGGAAGUGAUGGUAGAUGGAACUGUGAACCCUAAGACCCAACAGGGUAAAUUUCUAAACUGUUCUGUUGAAAGUAAGAUUCCUCACUGAAAAGGAGAGAAAUUUUAACAAGUGAGAAGGGAAAUAGGAACAAUUGAAAGCAACCUCAUUUUGGGAUCUGCAUGUAACGGUGGAUUCACAAAAGCCUUGGCACUGAUGCUGGUCCUUGCCAGUGCUGUCUGUGCUGUAGAUAAUUUGGGUUUGAGUUUAAUGCAAAUCCAUCACGUGGCAGCUCCUGCAGUGCUUUCAUGUUGAAAAGGUGACACAGGAGAACGCCUGGGCAGGCCUUCAGCAAACACCAGCCUCCAGUGGGGUCCAGGUAAGCCCAGCAAGCAGAAAAAUCUAUCCCAGGACACAGCAUGACGUGGCACAAUAUUGAGAUAUUGAUAAUCAUUAUUGCACUCGGAGCAGAAGAGAGGAGGGAGGAUGAAAAGGAGCUCAGAGCCUUUUGAGCUGUUUGAGUGGAUUAAUUCUGGAAGAGCACACUGAGCUGUGAGGGGCAGACUGGGGCUCCGAAGCUGAAAGGAGUUAGAAGGAGAAGGUGAACAGAACUUCAGCAGAUACAAUAGUCCAUUCCCUAUUUUCUUAACUAGGAAAAAAAUAGGGGAUUUUUUUUUUUCAGUAGGAUUUUGGUCCACUCCCCCAGGCAGCUGCAGUGCCAAGGCAUGGUGGAGUAUAGUGCUGUAUGGAAAAAGGCCACUAAUAACUGUCAGGAUGGUUUAGAACUCCAUUAACAAUUAUUUUGUUUAUACAAGGCCGUCAGUGUGGCUGUUUUGAGCGGUCCAACACUGUUGCUCUGUUCUGAGCUGGGGAAUUUGCUCUGAGCAGAUAACUGGGAUCAGGUCACUCCCAGGAGCUGCAGCACUGGCCUGGAUUGAGGCUUGGGUUGCAGGGACAGAGGGCUCAGCUGUGCUCCUGCUGUAGGGCUGUGAUCAAGGACCAGAUACUGUGAAAGGUGGCUGGGUUUUUUUAAAUUUGCACUUCCUUAACUACUCAAAAUCAUGCCAAGUUUAUACUCAUAACAGGAAGGUAACAAACCGUGCUGAAAAUGAGGAGUGCAGAUGCUGUAACACUCAUCUGGAAAUUUUUCUAAGGAGGGAAAGAGGAAGUGGAUUGGAUAAUCUGCUCCCAGCCCCGUGGUCUGAAAGUGGCUGGUGUGAUGCAUUUUCAGGGAGAAAACCAGAUAAAACUCCUUUCUACCCAAGAGACCUUGCAGUCCAGGCUGUGCUCUGGAAUUCUGUGCAUUCCAAGGUACAGGAUCCUGGGAGUUUCCUUCCUGUAACAGCAGGAACCUGAAGAGACAAGGACUGAAGUUAAUGUCCACUCAGCCUGGAAACUACUUCUGACAAGCAGCUGAAAUCCUUUGGAAGGUUUCUGCACUGAAAUGACAUUUAAUGAUUAACCCAAAGAGAAAUCACAUGGAAAUGUUUAUCUUAACAUAAACCCACAGCUGUGUCUAAACCCCAACAGCAGCAGGAAGGCACUUUAAUGGGAGAGGUUAACACUGCUUGGUAUCAAGGAAGCAAACAUAAACACCAAGUAUGAUUUUGUUUAGUAAAUAGCUAAAUGUCCUUUAUCCCUGGUCAGUAUCAGGUUAAUCAGAGUGGUUUGGGUUGGAAGGGACCUUAAAAAGCUCAUCUAGUUCCAACCCUUCUCCCCAGAGCUGGGGACCUUCAUUCAAAGCUGCAUCCUUGAAUAUUCUGAUUAUAUUUCAGUAGGAAACUAAAUCUCCCAAUGAAUAUUGAAAUAUUGGUAAUCAUUACUGUGCUUUGAGAGUGGACAGGAUUAUAAAGAGCUCCCAGUUUUUAGCUGUUUGCCUGGAUUCCUUGUGAAAGUGCACACUCAGUUGGGAGUGACAGCUCAGUCCUUCAGUGGCACCAAUCUUUCAGGUUCAAAUCAAAGUUGUCUGUAAUUUAAAAAUGAAGUUACUGAUCACCUGCAGAACAGCUGAUCCCCAUGAGAUGUACUCCCUUGUGUGCGUUACAUCAAAGGGUAUGGAAACAGGAAAAGAUCCAACUGUCCAGAGCAAAUAAUUGAUGGUUUGUGCUGCUGAUGGUACAGUGUGACAUGGAUAAAAAAACUGAAUUGCAGUUUAUCCAUCUUAAAUAUCAAAACCAGCCUAUGUGAAGCUACCUUAACUUGAUCUUUGCAGAAAGGAAGUGAAGGAACGUGCAGUUACAGAAUGUGCUCAUGUGGCAGUGCAUCCCUGGGGGAAGGAGGUGCUCAGCAAAGCCCUGCACAGCUGUUAGAGCCAGACAGGGAUGAUGCAGAGAAGAUGGAAUGACCUUCUCCCUGUGCUGGGAAAGGCCAGGCCUUGCUUAACGCUGCCUGGCCCUGGAGUAGUGAAAACAUGCAUCAGUUAGCAGCUGAAAGGACCCUCGUGCAUCUGUCAGCUGUUCAGCACACAACACAAAUCUUGUCAUUCGGAUGCACUUCUGUAUUUCUACUUUCAGCAGGCUGUCAGCAUCAUCCUGCUGCAGGGGCUGCAUUUGCUUCCUGAGCAUGUACUGAGUGCUGGGCAGUAACAGAUGUGCUGCUUGUUGUGAUUGCAGAGCUCUGAUGAGAGCGGCCUCGAGGCUGAGGUGAUUAAAAAAGAUGGGAUGUUGUAAUCGUCAGAGACUGCUGUUCUGCACCACUUCAGCAAAGCUAAAUGGGAGUGAAGGAGCCAGUCAGUCACAGCUGCUUUGGGCAUGCAGCUAUAUGGGACACACCAAGUAUUAAAGCUACUCUCCUUUUACAUCAAUAAUUAGUAGCUACUAUGAUUUGUGGAACAAAACAAAAUUACAGCAAGUAAUUUAAAAACAAGAAUUUAAUGGAUUUUAAGAAUCUAAUGCCUUUCUUGCAAGAGUCAUGGUUCAUGGUGUUAUCAGUGACUUUCCUUGCUGUUAUCAUGUCCUGUCCAUGUACAAGUGCCAAAGGUACCAAUUCUUUCUGAAGAGACUGAGAGAGCUGCUUUAACAUACAGCAAGCUCUCAAAGGAAAACCAGGCAAAAACACCAGGCCUGGCUUAGUCACCGAUUUUGCAAGAUUGGAACAUCUUGAAUCUCCAAUAAUCCCUUGUACUAUCCACCUUAAAAAGGUUUUUCCAUGAUAUUAGUUCUCGAAACCAUGUCUCUGUGCUGCUCCUCAGAGCCACAUGUGCUUUCUUGUUGGAACAGAAUGAGUUUAACUGCUAGGGAAAUCAGUAUUUUUAGGUGUGUUUAAGGCUGAAAGUCUGUGGAGAACUGGCUGGUGUGGAAAAAAGGGAGCUGUCCCAAGGUAAGAAGGAGGCACACGUGCGGGAACCACAGUAGCAAGGUUUCCUCAGGCUGUUCUCUUCCUCCAGAGGUUUGUGUUCUCUGCUGGCUUCUGGUGAAUUAUGGAAUCUUCCAGAGUAAUCAUAUGAAAGCUCCUCUCCAGCAGAAAUAUCAACAGCUGCAAAAAGUGCCAGCUUGGGCACCAUGGAGUCAACUCUCACCGGCACCAUGAAGAGGUUGGGUUCGCAGGAGUGGUUCAGGAACCUGCCCACGUUCCCGACGCGGGUGGGAUCCACGAAGGUCUCCAUGACCCGCCCGUCGUGCAGGUGCUCCCUCACUGCUAUGAUGUAGUUUGGCUCCUGUGGGCUCUGGGCCUGGAUUCUCCUCUGGGCCUCAGCAAAGCCCAGCACCUCCCCGGCGUACUCGCAGACGAAGCUGCCGGCGGGGAUGGGCUCCAGCGCGCGCACGCCCCAGCCCUUCCUCUGCGUGCGGAACACCUGCAGCCGCAGCCGCAGCCCCCGCUGCACCAGCCUGUUCUGGCAGCCCUCCCCACAGCAGCACAGGCUGUUGCACUCGAACACGGGCCUGGAGAAGGGCUGCUGCUGCUGCUCCGCCAGCCUGAGGCGCAGGCUGCUGUAGCUGUGCCCGCGGCUCAGGCACGGGCAGGCGGGAGCCUCGCAGGAGCUGCUGCGGCAGGAGCAGCCCGGGAAGGUGACUGCAGUGGGGUCGAGCUCUCCGUCUGCUCCGGCCACACUGUCGGGGCUGUACUGCAGAGAGAACAGCAGUCAGAGCCUGCUUGAAACCAGAAUGGCAAAAAAGUUUGUCUGUAAAUGGCUGAUCCCAGAACCAAAAUCACGAAUGCUUUGCUUUUCUGUAAACUUCCAACUCAAACCUGUCUGAAAUGUUUAAAAGAAUACAAAUCGAAUAUUCCAUAUAGACAAGAAACCAGAAUGGUAAAAAAGUUUGUCUGUAAAUGGCUGAUCCCAGAACCAAAAUCACGAAUGCUUUGCUUUUCUGUAAACUUCCAACUCAAACCUGUCUGAAAUGUUUAAAAGAAUACAAAUCAGAUAUUCCAUACAGACCAGAAAUCAGAAUGUUAAAAAAGUUUUGUGCCUGUAAAUGGCUGAUCCCAAAACCAAAAUCAUGAACGCUUUGCUUCUCUGUAAACUUCUGACUCAAACUUUUCUGAAAUGUUUAAAAGAAUACAAAUCAGAUAUUCUAUACAGACCCAA